AUGCACUUUGAAUUCAUGGUACGGCUGUGAAGCUGCCCACUGUAAGGGUUUCUCCUGGUUUAUGCUGCUGCUUUGCAAACACUAUGAGUCACCCAGAGGCAGGGAAAGGCCCAACCUUGGACUUUAAACUGGAAAAAUGAAACUAAGGCUUUUAUUCCCUUUUCAGGCAGACGAAAUGGCAGACGAGAGUCCAGUCCAGAACCUCUGCGAGGAAACGACAUGCCGCAUCUGCCGGGAGUAUUUCAAAGACCCAGUGAUCAUAGAAUGUGGCCACAAUUUCUGCCAAAGCUGCAUCACCGAGACUUGGGGAGAAUCAGAUGGAGUACCUUCUUGCCCGCAGUGCAGGGAACCUUGUCAGCAAAAGAAUGUCAGGCCCAACCAGCAACUGGCGAGCAUUGUGGAAAUAGUCAAGAAAUUCAGCCUUCAGAUGGCCAGAGGGGCGGAAGCGCUGGGAAGGGUUUGCGAGAGACACCAGGAGCCCCUGAAGCUCUUCGGCGAAGGCGACCAAGCCCCCAUCUGUGUGGUGUGCGACAAAUCCAAGGAGCACAAAGUGAUCCCAAAGGAGGAGGCCUUUGACGAGUAUCAGGUAGGGAGCUGUAGGACUGGGGACCAGACUUCCAAGGGAUGCUCAGUUAUCCUAAGGAUGGGGAAAAUAUUUCAGCCUGAGGGCUGCUUUUUUCUCUAGCUGACAUUCAGGUGGGUGCUUUCAGGGGUGCAGGGAGGGGGUGGAGGUGUGGGUGGGUGGGCCGCUCCAAGUGCCCUCACUGAGGGGGGUGACAUUUGGUGCACCGCCUGCCCGUGACCCCCAAGCCUACCCCGAGCCGUUGGGGUAAGGAAGGGAGCUACGCCGCUAUGCCGGCAGGAUUCCUCCCUUCUCGCUUCGUUUUGCCAGCUUGGGGGAGGCUUGGGAGUUGUGAGCGGGUGACGCGCCGAAUGUCCGCCAUGGGUGGCUCAUUCUGCCCCCGUGAAAAGAAGUAAUACCGGCAAAAAAAUAAUGGCAAGAUAAAUUAUUUGACUAUGUAGAAUUGGUCUGAAGGACAGGUGCAAUUAAAGGUCAGACCAAACCAAAAUUCCGAAAAGAAAAAUAUAGAGAUUACCGUAAAAAGCAGUGCCCUCAAAUUAAUACUUGGACUUGUUUUGAUUAACUUUUGCAAAACGAACUAGGGGGUAAAAGCUAAAAACAGAAAGAAAACAAGGUAAAAAUGAAAAGAGAAGGAAACAGUUUACUAAAUAUGAAAGCAGAACUGUACUGAGGAUGAAGGAAGUCAUUUAGAAGAAAAGAAGAACUGAAAUAUGGUAUAUACAUAUUGUUUAAUAUUUGCUUAGUAUAAGAUUUUGUAUUUACCUUUGAUAUUGUUUUUUUUCUUUUUUCUUUAUGUUUUAUGUUUUAUUUUUCUUUUUGUUAGUGUGUGUGUUUGUGCUGCAAAAUUUAAAUUUAAAUUUAUUUCAAAAAAUAAAACGUGGUUCUUUAAUGGUGGGUAUGGGGUUGUUUUUAUUUUGAUUACAUAUUUUGUGGUUUUAUAUUCUGAUUUUGUUCUGUGAACUGCCCUGAGAUCUUCAGGUAUAGGGCAGUAUAUAAAUUAAUUAAGUAAGUAAACAAGUAAGUAAGGAAGGAAGGGUCACAGUAGCCCAAUCUUGCAUGCAGAAAUCCUUAGCAUUUCUAGGUAGGGCUGGGGAUAUACUGGACCUGAAAUCCAGUCAGUACAGCCAGUACAUAGCUGUCAACGUUUCCCCCUUUUUAAGGGAAAUUCCCAUAUUCCAAAUAGGAUUCCUUGCAAGAAAAGGGAAAAGUUGACAGCUAUGAGCCAGUACUGAGCUAGUUGGACCAGAGGAACAUAUAACUAGUAUAAGGCCACUUCCCCUCUUUCUAGAUAUGUCCAAAAAACCCAGAGCAUAGGUAUCAGGUAUUAGCAAUGUAGCCAUGUGGCGCACAAUUCUGCUGCAGAACCAUAUCAAAGCUUCCUAUUUGCAGAGGCCCAGGAAGUUCUACCUGCAAAAUACUGCAAGGGGAGAAAGAAGGAGCAAAUGUUGUGAAGUUAUGAGGGGUAAAGGAUGUUAUAAGGGGCAGUGCGGUUUCUUCUGGGGGUACUCAGCGGAACCAGCACCUUUCCACCCCAAAUGUGAAAAGUGUGGCACUUCCUGUGAUAACUUCAUGGUGAAUACUGCAAGCUGUUUUUCUUACAAGAAAAAAGAAAAAGAACGAGCUCUGAAAAGGACUGUGCACCAGCCACAACCUUUUGUUCAUACCCCAAUUUAACUUUGGAGCAUGUUUUGGUGCAGAAAAUGUGAGAGGGUGACUGACUUGGCUCAGGAUCUGAAUCCAAAUCCUGUACAGAUAUUCUGUUUUGUGCAAAUCUGGUAUAUGAGCAAACUUUUUAUCUCUUACACUGUGUCCCCAUAAUUUUGAGCCCUCUUGUUUCCCCCAGAUUUAAUCAGAAAAUGAAUUAUUAGCUAUAUAAAUAUGCAUAUGUGAACACUGAUUUAAUUCUACACUGAGAAUGGAAGUUUCCUAGAAGCUAUACAUAGACUCUCCUCGUCCUUCAUGUUCUUGGUUUCUUGAACAGACAUGGCCGUUACAGUUUAUGAGUAUGUCUCUAUUGCCAAAAUUAACCGAAAUGCCUUUUUGGCCACCCCAGGGUAGAAUCCUGCGUCAUUUGGAAUUCCUGAAGGAACAGAGAGAAGAAAUUCUGUCUUCUAAACUGAAGAGGGAGACCGAAAGUCAGUAUCUGCUGGUAGGUGCAAAUCUUCCUGCCUCUCCAGGAUGGUUAUAUUGACAGAGUGAGGCCUUAAUUCUGUGGUGGAGCCUAUGCUUCACUUGCUCAGCGUCCCAGGUUUGAUCAUUGGCAUUAUCAAUUAAAUGGAUAAUGGGUGGUAGAGUUGAGAAAGGUCUCCGCUUCAGACCUUGAAGAGCAGGACUGGCUAAAACUGGUAGGGCUGUCUAGGGGCGAAUGUAGUCCUUGAGACCAAAAAUGUCCAGCCAUGCCAGCGUUAAUCCUUUAAGAAUGAACCCUACAAAGCCAGCCUUCUUCCUCCUUCUCAUCACUUCCUCACGGCCCUACUAUUAGGCAGAGUGAGGUGGCCAAGCCAUGCUGAAGAUGGCAGGGAAUAGAGAACAGCAGCAGCUUAAUAGAUCGGUAGGUGAGCAGCAGGAAAAUACUGAGGACCGAGCCAAGCAAAGAGGUCGUGUCCUGCUAAGCCAGCCUGCCUGCCGCCCUCAACUGUGACUGAACCUCUGUACCAUUGUGAGUGUUGAAGUAAACAUCAACUGCCCUGCCAGUCAAGUUGCGCACAUGGAAUUAAGGGGACAUCUAAAUGCCCUUUUCUGGCCAUGACUCUCUCCUUGCAGAAGCAGACAGACAUGGAGAGGCAGAAACUCAUGGCUGAUUUCAAGCAGUUGCACCAGUUUCUGGAAGAACAAGAGCACCUCCUGCUGGCUCAGUUAAAGGAACUGGACGAUGAGAUUAAAUCCUGGGAGGACAAGCAUAUUGCAAAACUCUCUCAGGAAAUGUCCUCUAUCGAUGACCUUAUUAAGGAGCUGGAAGAGAAACAGAAACAGCCAGCAACUGAAUUCUUGCAGGUAAGAGUUGGCACAAUUACCGUAUUUUUUGCUCUAUAAGACUCACUUUUUCCCUCCUAAAAAGUAAGGGGGAAAGUGUGUGAGUCUUAUGGAGCAAGUGCAGGCUGUGCAGCUAUCCCAGAAGCCAGAACAGCAGGAGGGAUUGCUGCUUUCACUGCACAGCGAUCCCUCUUGCUGUUCUGGCUUCUGAGAUUCAGAAUAUUUUUUUUCUUGUUUUCCUCCUCCAAAAACUAGGUGCGUCUUGUGGUCUUGUGCGUCUUAUAGAGCGAAAAAUACGGUAAAUAUUUCAGGUUGUCCUACAGGUAAGGGUUGUACCCCCAACCACUCUAUUGGUUUAUAGAAGUACGGUAGUACCUCGAGUUACAAACGGCUCAGGUUACAAAUGCUUCAGGUUACAAACUCCGCUAACCUGGAAGAGUUAACUCGAGUUGAGAAUUUUGCUCCAGGAUGAGAACGGAAAUCGUGUGCCGGCGGCGCAGCAGCAGCAAGAGGCCCCAUUAGUGAAAGCAUGCCUCUAGUUAAGAACAGUUUCAGGUUAAGAACAGACCUCCAGAACGAAUUAAGUUUGUAACUAAAAGUACCACUGAAUUCAUAGUAGGGAUGUGCAUUGGUCACACAUUUUGUUCAAAACUGUGAUUUAGAGGUUCAUCAAGCUGCAUGAUUCAAGUUGACCAAUGGGAAGGCUUCCCUGUUCUGCUUCUGGUCCAGAUCUGCUUCACUCUCCUGCUUCAAUACUUUGAAAUUUUAAAACAUCUAUUACUCCCCAUCCUCCCUUUUGAUAGAAGUGGAUGGAAUUUGCAGGCAAAGCUGCUCCUGCAGUAUGGAUGAAGCCUGCACCAGCAACACUGGUCAGUUGAGUUCUCCCUCUACCCAAUUCAAACAUGCCCUCACUGUUGUGUGUAGAGCAAUGUACAUCGUCAGCAGUAGCAGGUAGACAUCUGCUCUCAGGCUGGCGGCACCAGUGGUGGGAGCCAGCAGCAGAGCAUAGCCUGGGAUCACUUGCAAUUGGCAGAAGAUCCCAUUCCAGAAUGAAGCAUAAUUGGGGGAGGUUCUGGGGCAGAGAGGGGGGCCUACUACAUGCCCAUUCAGGGGGAUUUUCAAAUUUAGAAGUAAAUCUCUGGCUUUUGUAGUUUAAUUAAGCAGCUGGAGGAGAAACAGAAGCAGCCAGUGACUGAAUUCUUGCAGGUGAGUGAUGGCACAAUGAAACGUUUGUCCUCUGGGGAAGGGCUGUACCAUCACAUUCUCUGUUCAUUGGUCUAUAGAAGUAUUUACAGUAGGCGUGAACACUUCAGUAUUUGGUUGAUAUAUAAAGCAAAGGGGAAAGUAAUAAUAAACUGCUGGAGGCAACUGGUGCAAGGGACUGAAUUUCUCUCAUUCUGUCUCUUCCAUCUAGAAUACGAGAAGCAUCCUGGAAAGGUAUGUGGCUUUGUUAUGAAUAGUGGGCUGGUAUUGAUUUCCUUCCUCGGAGAUAAGGGAUAAUUUAAUUUGGUCUAUACUUUUAUUUGAACCAAUCUAAUUCAGAGUUUACAGAGCAAUAAGCAGAUCAAAAAAACAGUUACCAAUCUGACUGCACAAUUUUACAAAUGUUAUGAUGCAUUUUUUCGUAUGGGGAAAUGCACAAAAAGCGCAUUGGGGUAUACAUAGAACAGCAUACCAAAAUGGAUAGGGUUUUUUGGGGGGAAUGCAUAUAAAAUGCAUAUUUUAGGAAGGAGUGAUGAUAUUUCUUCAUCUACUGUAUACUUCAUAUCAUAUCAGAGAUGUUGGUGGUGGUGGAUUAUUAGAUUUCUUACUUGCCCUCCACUGUCUGGUUCCAAGACAGCUUGUGAUUUAAAAUACAAUAUUAAAAAUAGUUAAAACAAAUUACAAUCCAAGAAAACAGGGUGGGUCCUAGAAUACAUAUCCUAGAUGACAAAGGCCAGGGUAAAGAGAUGCUCUUAAUUACUGUAUACACUAUGUGCAGACAUAAUUUGUUGGGGAAAAUAUUCAGUAAGGUUGUGCUCCAGAUUCAGCUGGAUCCUCAACCAAAUUGGGCCAAUUUAUACCCUGUUCUGAUCAGGCAGAAGCAGCUAUCAUAGAAUUUCAUCCACACAUCCGCUUUUCCUGUGAUUUCUAAGCAAAGGUCUGAGAAGCUUUUCUUUUGUCCCACCGCUUUUCCUCGGAAAACCUGCUGCUUACCACUGAAUUGGAAGAAACAUAAAUCCGUAGAAAACCUAAUAAAUGUUUGCUUCUAUUCAGCUGUCAAUCCACAGAAAACCUGAUUCAGAAAACACGACUGACCUUGGUUCUGAUUCAGUGGUAAACAGAGGGGAUUUUCGUGAGGAAAAUGGGGGGAAUGAAAGAAAAACCUAUCAUGGACGAGCCCUUGGUAUAUUCCUGCUGUUCCCACUUUUCUCCUUCAUUCUGAUGUCUGAAUUAAGAAUGACUUGAGAAUGACCUGAUGGAUCACAAUAAACCUCACUUUCUUCUUCCUAGGUGUAAUGAAAAUGAAAAUAAAACCAUGGAUGCUUUUCCUCCUGGAUUAAAAGACCAAAUAGGUAAAUUCUCUAAAAUACAUCCUUUUUUGGAGAAGAAGACCAAGAAAUUCAAAGGUAACAAGGGUCAUUGUAUGAUGUUUUAGAUGUGAGAUGAUAGAUAGAUAGAUAGAUAGAUCGAUAGAUAGAUAUCAAUAUAGUUGCAUGCCAUGCCAAUUUCCAAAUGGUGAAUAUUCCAGGGGUCCCAGGCUGCUUCCCCAGGGUUCGAGCUUCCUAUUGGCAAAUGAGGCACAGCAGAGACUGUGGUGUCCUUAGGAUAUAUGGUUUAUUUACACAUAUAUACAAUCUGAGCCUACAAUGGAGGGGUUCGCAGACACCCCAAGAGAGUCUUGUUUCUCCCACAGCCACAGCCUUGGAUCCAAAACAGGAAUCAACCAUCGUGCUCUGAUUCUCAUUCUGACUUGCUGCCUUUUACAGCCUGUCACAUCCCUAAACUCUACUCCAAAAUACUGGUUUUGUCUUCUAACUCUCUCAGAGCUGGGGGAGGCAACUCUUCUCUGUGCCCCCCACCCCAAAUAUGCUUUCAUAACACUUAAUGCUAAUUCUGGAAGAGGGAGGAAGAUGGAGAACUAUGGCUAAAUUUUAGAUUUAGACACGAACACUCUUGCAGACAUUCUAAAUCUAAAGCAAUGCCCUUGGAGCCAAGUACGAGUAUUGAUUUUUUCCUCAUUUCACUUUUUUCCUCAGACGUUGUGCUCUCUGGAUCUCAAGACGAAAAAGGUACAUUUCCAGGUUUGGCAGAUCUUUAAACAAUUUUUGCAGAUGAGAUAUGGGAUGUUUUUGCACUUCAAUCUCCCAGUAGCACAAGAUUUCUGGGGUCCCGAGCUGCAUCCCCUGGGUUCGUAUUUCCUUUUGGGAAAUGAGAGACAGCAGAGACUGUGGUGUCUUUAGGAUAUAUGGUUUAUUCACACAUAUAUACAUUCUGAGCCUACGAUGGAGGGGUUCACAACAUGGACACCCCAAGAGAGUCUUGUUUCUCCCACAGCCCCAGCCUUGCAUUCAAAACAGGAAUCAACCCUCGUGCUCUGAUUCUCUUUCUGUCUUGCUGUCUUUUACAGCCUGUCACAUCCCUAAAAUCUGCUCUACUUCAAAACUCUGGUUUUGUCUUCUAACUGUCUCAGAACUGGAGGACUGGGAAGCAAACAAGAGUAGCUGAAGCUUGACAUUUGAGCGUUCUUUUUAUCUAUUUCUCUAUUUAAAAUUCUGAGUAAUCUUCAUUAUUUGGCAUUGAUUUUUCUGAAACACUCCCCACCCACCCAAGGUUUUCAUAAAAUGUAAUGGGAAUGCUGGAAUGCUGUGGCUUGCUGACGUCAGGUGGGAGUUCACCACACCUCAACUGGUGUGUGUUAUGAGCACAGCAAGCAGAGUCAUCAGAGAUUUCCUUCUCCCAUCCGAACAGCAUCUUCCAGAGUUCGUUAAGGGGGAAACUCGUCACACGCAGUUCAAAGUAACCAAGUGUUUAAUGUCUCGAGACACAAGACCAGUCCUUCAUCAUCUCUGAAGUAAAGAUACGUACGAUCAGAUCCAUUGACACUGAUCACCAUGCUAGCUAAUCCUUCUGUGCAAAACCCACAGCCUCUUUCCCUGAGUCUCACAGAGUCAGACCCUUGAUAGCAAACGGGACAGGGCACAGACAAGACAAACAGGAUGAAAGCAAUGCCCUAGUCCAGGGGUCUGCAACCCACGGCUCCGGAGCCGCAUGUGGCUCUUUUACACCUUUGCCGCGGCUCCGGGGCGGAUACUAGCGAGGGGAGGAGGCGCAUUAUGCGCCCCGACACUCCCCACUGUGGCGGGCGCUGUACUGGCUGUAACAUCACAUGGGGGCUGUGCGUGCGUUAGUCACGCACCGUCCCAACGUCACCUUCCCGCCCGCCCGCCCUCUACAUUGUAAGGGGCAUGUACGCUGGUCACUGUUUUGAAGAGGAGUGAAGAACACACACACACACAAAAAGGUAACUUGUUAAUUUAACGUUUAUUUCUAUGAGAAGAAGUAAUUCUGAGGGGUCAAACAAAGAAAUAAUAAAAAAGUGACAAAAAAGUUAUUUUUAUAAUGAUGAGUUUUGCGGCUCCCAGUUUUUUUUUCUUCGGAAACGGGUCCAAGUGGCUCUUUUUGUCUUAAAGGUUGCAGACCCCUGCCCUAGUCAACCAGAGCACAACUGUUCCGUGUCUUACUUGGCCAUUUUUAAAAGAUGUCCCCAACUAAUCAUGUUCCUUGCUGCUGCAGCUGACUCUGUCAUGCUCUCCUCAACACCAGAGACCAUACAACAAGGUGAAAUGAGCAUCGUGAGAAAGAAGAGCAACGUGGGAACAUUUGGGAAGAUAGCAUCAGGUACGCUGCUUGGGGGCGGAUUUCCCCCCCUCCCCAUUUGUGUGUGUGAGAGAGUGUGGGGGAGAUUUUGCAGUCAAAUCUACAGUACUAAUGCACAUACUUACUAGUUAGCAUGUGAAUGAGUUAAGACCAUAGAGCUGUCUUGCUGAUAGGCCAUAGACCAUAGAAAUGUAAUUGGUAGAGAGGGCAAUGUGUGGUGUCAUUUCCCCUUCUCUCCUGAGGGGGAAGAAGCCAAUAAAUAUUUCCUGUUCUCUCUCUCUCUCUCUCUCUCUCUCUCUCUCACACACACACACACACACACUCCCCCCCCCUUUGACCAACAAUGGAGGCAAUGUUAAUAGUUAAUAUAUUCCCACACUUACCUAAUAAGAACCCAUCAGAGACCAUAGAGGAGUGUGAGCCAUUCCCUCCCCCUUUUUUAAACUCUCUCCUGCUCCUUUUUCUUCUCUUCCCUCUUCCAUCUGGUCUUCCUUCCUUCCUUCUUCAUAGCUCCAGAGGCUGUUCACCCCUCCCACCAGCAGAUGGCGAUACACAAAGCAAUCCUACCUGGGUCUGCCCAGGGUCUGCUUAGCACGUUUGCAAUUAGAAUCUCCACAGCAUGGGAAUACAGGACAUGAAAGGAAUCUGCCUAGAGAUAAGGAGACCCAGCAACAACCAAGUGAUUGUCUGAGUUCCUUAUGCAGGCAUGACCUAUAACACUGGUGUGUGUUGGAGAGGGUUGGUGUGGUGUGGUUAGUGCUGAGGAGUUACUGAGAGUGAAGAAAUUGUGUUGUGAAAAGUAACUUGUGAAUAGCUUGUAUGUUUGCUGCUGUAAAUAAUAAAACAACAAGAACCGAGUUACUACUCAGCAGUUUUUGUUCCUGCUCGUUGUUCAGCUGGGCAAUCUCAAGAGUUGCUCAACAAUCGCUGUGAUACUCUUCUAUACUCUGCUGUGCAACAGGCGAAAGCACUUCAAAGGUUCAUCGCCUUCCAAAAGUUUUAACAAUAGGUUCUACAGAAUUCAGAGGGAUUCAUUUCCAAGCUAGCAAGUGUAGGAAUGCAGUCUCCUACUUCGUUCCUUGGGCAAGUCACUGCCCUCUGAGCCUCACCACCUUAACAAAAUCCAUAAGCUCCGCUCUGACUAAGGAUGGGGAGAAAUUCAGGUCAGUUCACGUGGAAAGGCGAAUCUUACCUACCUCCUUUGGAAUUUGCACUCCUCCGAAUUUUGCAGCACAGUUCUCCAAGGAUGCAAUGUGUUAAAAAGAAGGGUAAAGGACCCCUGACAGGUAAGUCCAGUUGCGAAAGACUCUGGGGUUGCAGCACUCAUCUUGCUUUACAGGCCGAGGGGGGCCGGCGUUUGUCUGCUCCGCAGACAGUUUUCCCCCGGGUCAUGUGGCCAGCAUGACUAAGCCACUUCCAGACUAACACCGAAACCAGAGCAGCGCAAGGAAACGCCGUUUACCUUCCCGAGGGAGCGGUACCCAUUUAUCUACUUGCACUUUUUGGUGUGCUUUUGAAAUGCUAUGUUGACAGGAGCAGGGACGGAGCAACGGGAGCUCACCCUGUCAUGGGGAUUUGAACCGUCAACCUUCUGAUCAGCAGGCCCAAGAGGCUCAGUGAUUUAGACCACAGCUCGACCCACGUCCCUAUGUGUACAAACAUGCAAAAAAAAAUGUGUGUUAGGAGAAAUUCACACUAGCAACACAGAUGGAUUUUCAUGAGUACUUAAAAAAAAAAGAAAAGAAUUUGCAAAGCAAUGUGAAAGUGUGGAGAACUGAAUUUAGGAGUAGAAAAUAUAAGAAACCAAAAAUUGAUAAUUUGCCAUUUCCUAGCCCUGAUUCCCAUUCCAUCCCUCCAAAUUGUAGCCAACCCAUAACCCCCUCAGUAGCUUCCUAAACACAAAAAACUAUAGGUUAUCACAAAAGAUAGAUGCACACAUGCACCUUGCCCUAUAAUUCAAACACUGACCCGGCUCCCCCUCUCUGUGUGUGUCUCUCUUACAGUGAAUAUAGUUUUGGAUCCAGAAACAGCAAAUCACUACCUCAUUCUCUCUGAAGACAGGAAGAGUGUGAGAUGUGGAGGGGAAAGGCAAAAUCUGCCCGAAAGCCGAAAGAGAUUUGAUCCGAAGACCUACGUGCUGGGCAGCGAGAGAUUCCGUGCAGUAAGAAAAUGGUGGGAAGUGGAAGUUGGGGGAGAGAAAAAUGCCACGUGGGCUGUGGGGGUGGCACGCGACUCCACCCCGAGGAAGGGACAGGUCAGCCUUAAACCCAGUGUAGGAAUCUGGGCUGUCGGGAAAGCCAUAGUUGGCUCAUUGUAUGGACUUUGGGCUUUUACUGCCCCUGAGCGGACGCCGUUGCUCUUAAAUCAUGAGCUCAGGAAGAUCCGGGUGACUCUGGACUGUGAAAGGGGUUCUGUGGGAUUUUUUGAUGUCGAAGGAGAUGUCUUGAUCUUCACUUUCCCAAACGCGUCCUUCUUUGGGGAGGAAAUCCGGCCCUUUUUCUUGGUCGGGCAAGGAGCUGAACUGAGCUGCUGA